CAUUAUUCGUGUCCGCGUACGGAACGAUUCGGUAGCGUGUUUACGUUCGCUGCCAUUGAACCUUUUAAUCCAAUUAAAAAUGGCCAGUAAUCCGGUAAAAUGCUGAUAAUGGGAUUAUCUAGUGAUUAAUAAUUAGAAUGUGGUCAGUUUUCCACGUAUAAAGUUACCAGUGGAAAAUGUCGGUGGAGGAUGUGACUUUGGAAAAAUGGUGAAAGGUUGGAGCGCGCGAUGUUUGCACGUUGGUUUAUUGUGGUCAAUCUUCUGGGUUUGCGGUAUAAACAGCCUUAUAGAAAUCGUAGAGGAGCAACAAUGUCACGACUACAGAUUCCGUUUGACGUGUCGCGAUCUAGAAACGCACAUUGCGAUCCUGGAGGCGUGGUAUACGUCUCUAGACGACUACUACGAGACAAACACCACUCAGGCCAGUUUAAAAUUAAAAACUGAGAAUGAUUCCGAGUUGAAUCGUGUCUAUAUUUAUUCUAGUCCGAAACACAAUGGCGUUUACGAGCCGACAAACCAUUCCAUAUUUGAAAAUGUUACGAAUAGUUCAUUCGAAUUUAACGAAUCGAAUUCAGUGAACGAUUCAUUAUCGAACGAUUCAGAUGUGACAGCUGAUUUUGUGAAUAAUAGUGAGUGUGGUGCAGUGACGUUUGCUAGAAGCUACGGGAGUUGGCGAGAGGGUGAUAAGAGACGGGUUGUUGUGGAGAGGAACUCAUCAAGAAAUUUGAGGGCGCCAUUCAGUUACCGAUGUGCGGGGGUGAAUCAUUGCAGUUUUGUGUUGGCUCAAGACUAUGCUCCAGCUGUAAGCUGGCCGCCUGGUGUUGUUUACAUAAAAUACGCAUGUUUUGAUGACACACUGUCAAUACAUUACUGCAAUAGAGAAGUGCAAGUAGCAGUUUCGGGGGGGAACAGUGAAGGUUACAUGCGCACUCCUGGGUAUCCGCACUUCUAUGUGGGGGAUGAGUGCCACUGGCGGAUACGGGUUCACCCCGAGCAGCGUAUCCGAGUCACGUUACUGGAUGUCAGUUUACGAACAAUCGGACCAUUUGACGAAAGUUGUACGGAUUAUAUCUCAGUCGAAGACUCGAAUGGUAAAUCCAUGCUGUCGUCUUGUGAGCAGGUAGAAUUACCACUCAAGUUGUACUCAACCACAGAUACUGUGGAUGUGACAGUUCAGGUCAAGUCUGAGGGCGCUUACCCCAAGAGAGGCGUUCUUCUGCAUUAUAAGAGUGUAGGUUGUGUCACGCUGCCAGAGCCCUCUGAAGGAUAUUUAGUGUACCGCAACGAUGAUGUAGCUCACUACAUGUGCAAUGUGAACUAUGUUUUCGCCGACACCCGAGAGAGGGCGCGAUUACUAUGGUGCUACGAUGAUAACAGAUGGAAUGACACAGUGCCUUUGUGUGUUGUAGAGGCGGCUCUAAAGGCCGUCGGGAACGAUUCAGAUUCAAGAGGUGAUAAGAAAGACACAAAACUGCCGCCACACGACGAACCCAACAUGAUGGUUGACAUUGUCAUACCAUCACUCCUAAUAGCUGCGCUGUUCAUCGGCAACGCAUUCAUCGUCCUCAUCAUAUACAAAUACAGAAAACGAAAAAACGACGAUCUUGAUGACGAGUUCAACACCAUUCCACUGAGCGUCAACGGCAAUGUCCACAGUGCAGGGAACGCAGUUUAGUCAUUAAAUAAUAAGUUCAGGGAGAUUACAUACUAAAGUCAGUUUUUAAUUAAAUUUGUUAUAAUUUAUUAUCUUACUUUUUGAAAGCAUGUGUAAAAAAAAAAUAUUAGCUACAUACUAGUGCCUCCUGGCGCCUGCGUGGAAUAUAGCAAAUAUUUCUCACUGGUGAAAGAGUUUUUAAUAUCGGUCUAGUAUGUGCAUAUACCCAUUACAAAACUAACAUACAUAAGUCAAUUGUGUUCCUGUAUAUACAUAAAUAUAUGUAUAGACUACAAUCUUAUAUAUUCAACACGUAUAAUUAGUAAAUUACGGUAUAUUACCACGUUUUACUUUUUAUUGAGUUGCCCGAUAUUAUAUUUAUACAUAUAAAUAAUGACCGCGUCAAAUUUAAAACAGAAUAUAUAAAAUAUAUAUAUUCAAUGUUAAUUUAGUAUGCAAAGUUAUCAAACAUUAUAUUAAUUUUAUUACAAUUAUAUUUUAUAAUUGUUUUUUUUUAUAAUAUUAUAUUAACGUAACGAUUCUAUAGUACGUAAUCUCCAUGAUUGAGAUGCUGGGUAGGCGUCAGACCAAACGCACGACUAAUCGCAUUGUUGGUUUGGUGGCAGCCUUAGGCCUUGAGUUACCCUAUUUAUUUGUUAAUAGACUUCUAGACUCAAAACAUAGUCCAGUGACAUCAAUAGACCCAUUAGCGAUUAAGUAAGGACUGAUAUUGAUAUAAAUACUCGUUUAAUGUAGUUGUUACCUUUUUGUCGCACAUCUGUCACUGCUUUCCUUUGUCAUGAGUACGUCAAUUAGAUAUCGCACACGUAAUAACAAAUUGUAUUAACUAAAAAAUUAUAAUUAUUUGGAAAUCGACUUUAUACAUAAGUAUACGUAAGUUGAUUUUCCAAAAUUUGCACUUUUAUUUAAGGCAGUUUGUUAUUGAAUUGGUGAUAUGUAUGAAUUGUUAUCGCUUCUAGUUGAAACGGCGAACGGUAUCUAGGAUAUAGAUAUCCAUUUAUUUCAUUUCAUCACUGAAAUUGUUAAUGUUUUUGUAUGUAUUUGACGGAGUCUGUAUAAAUUCUGUAACGAAUAAAAAGCACUUUAACAUUA